AGUCCAACAAGCUGCAACUGCACGGGAAAGAAGGGCGCAUAGCGACAAAACCCUUUGGGAGCCAAAAUAGUACGAAUGGUUGAUGGUCCCCACAUGGGCAUCUCGAAGGUGUGAGAAAAAUCUUGCAAAGUGGUCGAGGCGCCUAAUCGUUGGGUGUUACGGAGCACUAAAUGCGAUGCUGACGCCGGGCGAAAAUGGAGGAGCCCUGUCGAGAUCAUGAUGGGUAUAAAUAGUGAUGGUAGGUAAAAUUUAUGUAGAUUGAAUUCUCUCACUAACUGGAGCUUAGCACUUCUCUCUUGGGAUUAUUCUUGGAACUAUUUUGGAGGAUUUCCUCACCAUUGGAGCUCGGGAAUCAAACUUGGAGAUGGAGAUUGAAGAUCUAUAUCAUAUUUAUGUAUUCUCUCUCUUAUCUAUGGUGUAACUUCCCUUCACUUAGAUUUUGAGUAACCAUAGUUUCAUGUGUUAGGAUCUUUCUUGUAUGAACCUUUUUGGAUGCUAUACUAUUUAAUUUAAUCAAUUGAGGCAUGAUUUGUUGAUUCAAUUGAAUCCUUAUCGUAUUCUCUUGAUUUCUUCUUUAACCUAUGAUAGAUAAAAUCUUAUUAGAUUAAGAUAGCUUCCUUGAUUGAUAGUAGUGAAUUGAUUGUGCGAGAGUCAGUCAAUUCAUUGCUUUGUACUUAAAUUUGUUCCAAGUAGUGGAGAUCUGUGUGAAUCGCCUUAGCAUUCUAACCCAGUGAAGGCUAGCCGCCUGCUGGGUAUUGUGUCUAAGAGGGCUUGGUUAGCUUAAGAGAUUCCAAGCUACUUUCGGAUCUUCUGCAGUCUAAUAAACAGUAAAUCAACCAAAGAAAAUUACAACUUGGACCUAAUAGAGGAGUUAGGUGGAAUCAUACAUGAGUGAGUUCCCAACCUGUAAUUAGAUUAACUUCUGUAGUUCGCUAGAGUAUUUAUAGUUCAUCUAUCUUAAUCUGUUUUGCUAGAUAAUGAACGAAAGCUGAAUAAUAGUAACUCUAGUGACCCAUGGAUUCGAUAUUUAUUACUAGUGCCACUAUACUGCAGUCCCUUUCAUUGGUUACACUUGGCCAUUUUUAUGUGUUGUGUUUUAGUGAGUCAAGCUUUUGACGCCGUUGAUGGGGAAUUUCUAGAUUAUUAGGAAAGGCAGAAGUUUGCUACUUUAGCGUUUUUAUUUUCUUUCCCGCCCUUUCUUUUCACUUGAGUGUUUUGGUUUUGUUGGUGCAGACCUGAAACAUGGAUCCGCAUGGCUUCUCCAACCAUUGGGGGUAUCAACCACCAUCCGAGUGGUAUUACCCUGAGACUUCCUGGAGAAAUCAAGGAGGAGAAGAUUAUGGAUUCGGGUUUCAGCCCCAACCUCCAUACUACGGAGAACAACCAGACCUUUGGGCAUCUCAAGAACAAUUUCCUUAGCAAGAAGAAUUCCUCCCACAACUAGAGGGGCCAUAUGAUUUGGAGUUAGCCAUGGCGGCCUUCACGGGCCAUUCUGCAGAGCCUUGUUAUACUCCAUGGUCAGAGCCGGAGAGUAAAUUGAAUCUUUUCAUAGAGCACUGUGCUCGGAACGCCGAAAGAUCAUGCUCCAAGCUGGAUCCUCAUAUCUGGGCCAUUCCCAAAACUGACUUCUCAUUUCUCCGUGAAACAGAGGAGACCCUCCAGAGCAUAAAGAAGCACAUAGAGGUCAUUGAGAAAGCUUGUGCACAGUUUGCUCAAGACAACCUUUAUGCUACCAUACAAGUAGAGGAGGAGGAAGAAGAAGCCAAUCAUGAGGAUGUUGAGGAGCAUACAGAAGUUGUCACGGAGAACUCCCGUGAUAAUCAAUAUCAAGAAUAUCCUCUGGUGGAAAAUCACACCUUUCCCCAUUUCUACUCUGACAUGCUGGGCCUGAGGAAGAGAUGCAAGAUGAUCUCAUUGAAAAAAUUGCUUGGCGACUUCCUCUCCCAUCUGUGCUGGAAGAAGAAGAGCGAGAACGGGUAAGGGAAGAAGUUGUGGAGGAUGAAGGAAGUGAAGUAGAAGGAGUUAUUGAACUUUACCAAGGGGAGAUACCACAUUUUGAAGAAGGAAGGGGGGUUGAAGAAGAAAUUUGCGUUUAGGUU